CCAACAGCUGAUCGGAAUUAGAUAAUAGUUUAUAGUCCCACGAAAUCAACAUGGCUCUGAAAUUUGUGGCCCAGUCAUGCAGAUCCUUGCUGCAACGUGGCGAUCGUCCUUUGUCCUGGACCCGUACCCUCACCCAUUAUCCCGUCAACGAUGCUAUCUUUGGCCUGGAUGAGGAUCGCCAAAAGUUGCGAGAGGUCGCAUUCAAUUUCUUCCAAAAGGAACUGGCGCCACUGGCCAAGGAGAUCGAUAAACUGGAUCACUUCAAGGACAUGCGUCCAUUCUGGAGAAAACUGGGUGAUCUUGGCUUUCUGGGCAUCACUGCAGAGCCAGAAUUUGGAGGUACUGGUGGCAGCUAUCUGGACCACUGCAUUAUCUUGGAGGAGUUCUCGCGUGCGGCCGGAGGUGUAGCGUUGUCUUACGGAGCCCACUCCAAUCUGUGCAUCAAUCAGCUCACCAAGAACGGCACUCCCGAGCAAAAGGAAAAGUACCUGCCGAAACUAUGCAGUGGUGAGCACAUUGGAGGACUAGCCAUGUCAGAACCUGGAGCAGGAUCCGAUGUAGUGUCUAUGAAGCUGCGUGCGGAGCGCAAGGGAGACUACUAUGUUCUGAACGGCUCAAAGUUCUGGAUCACAAACGGAUCCGAUGCUGAUACUCUGGUGGUCUAUGCCAAGACUGGAGCCCCUGGAGUUCCUGACAAGCAUGCUAUCACAGCUUUUAUAGUGGAGACCGCCUGGGAAGGCUUCAGUGUGGCCCAAAAGCUGGACAAACUGGGAAUGAGAGGUAGUAGCACCUGUGAACUGGUUUUCCAGGAUCUGAAGGUGCCUGCCAAGAAUAUUCUGGGCCAGGAGAACAGAGGUGUCUAUGUGCUGAUGUCGGGUCUGGACUUUGAACGGCUGGUGCUGGCCGCCGGACCCGUGGGUCUGAUGCAAGCCGCCUGCGAUGUGGCUUUCGACUAUGCUCAUCAGCGUAAGCAGAUGAAUAAGUUGAUUGGAGAAUUCCAGCUGCUCCAGGGCAAAAUGGCUGAUAUGUACACCACACUGAGUGCCUGCAGGAGCUAUCUGUACACGGUGGCCAGAUCUUGCGAUGCAGGCAAUCGCAGCGCUAAGGAUUGUGCUGGGGUUAUUCUCUACACUGCCGAGAAGGCCACCCAGGUUGCACUGGAUGCCAUUCAAAUUCUCGGUGGAAAUGGUUACAUUAACGAAAACCCAACUGGUCGCAUUCUGCGGGACGCCAAGCUGUACGAAAUUGGCGCUGGAACCUCGGAGAUCAGGCGUUGGCUUAUUGGUCGCCAGCUUAACCAGGAGUACAAGUAAGGGGUCUUAUCUUAUUCCGAUGAAACCCAGAAAUGCAUUUAUGGUACGAGGAUGGCAAUAACGAGGAUCAACUCUACUACCUGACAGACUUAAUGUUGCAUUUAUUUUUUAUAAGAUUUUUAAAAUCAUUACUUUUAAUCAAUGUUUGUAUGUGCCUAAUAAAAAGAGUAUAAAGCUUUAA